GUAUAUAGAGGCACCACGUUUCGGCUGCCGCCGCAUUGCUGAACUGCAACGACUUCGACUUGCCUGCGGCUGGACUGCUAAUCGAGGAAUCCAACAAGCAUUUGCCAAAAAACCCAAUAAAUAUUACACGAAAGCCAAAAUCGAAGUAUAUCCAGCGGCGAUUAUCUAGCCAAGAUCUUGAACUUUUGGUUUGUUUACCCGCACCCGGUGGCCGCUGUUUAGCACUCGCAUCUCGUAUCUCGCUCACUCACUCGGUCCGUUGUCGUUGCCAAAGUUGAACGGACGGAAUAUGGAAAGCCAACAGCAGCAGCAGCAGACGGCGGCGGUGUCAAAGUUGAACGGAUUCCUGGAGGCCGCCAAGGGAUCAGCAAUAGACGACCAGCUGCAAGACGGUCUCAGCUGCCGGGAACUCUUCCAGAAUGGCGAGGGCCUGACUUACAACGACUUUCUCAUAUUACCCGGCUACAUAGACUUCAUCGCCGAGUCGGUCGAUCUGAGCUCGCCUCUGACGAAGGCCAUAACCCUGAGGGCGCCGCUGAUUAGCUCGCCCAUGGACACGGUAACCGAAUCGGAGAUGGCCAUCGCCAUGGCGCUGUGUGGUGGCAUUGGCAUCAUCCAUCACAACUGCACGCCGGAGUACCAGGCGUUGGAGGUGCACAAGGUUAAGAAGUACAAGCACGGCUUCAUGCGCGAUCCCUCGGUGAUGUCGCCCACGAAUACGGUGGGUGAUGUCCUGGAGGCGCGCCGCAAAAACGGCUUCACCGGCUAUCCGGUCACCGAGAAUGGAAAACUUGGUGGCAAGCUCCUUGGAAUGGUAACGUCGCGUGAUAUCGAUUUCCGAGAGAACCAACCGGAGGUCCUGCUGAGGGAUAUCAUGACCACGGAACUGGUCACAGCCCCCAAUGGCAUUAACCUGCCGACGGCGAACGCCAUUCUGGAGAAGAGCAAGAAGGGCAAGCUGCCGAUCAUCAACCAGGCCGGUGAACUGGUCGCCAUGAUUGCCCGCACGGAUCUGAAGAAGGCCCGCUCCUAUCCGAACGCCUCCAAGGACUCCAACAAGCAGCUGCUGGUGGGCGCUGCCAUCGGUACGAGGGUGGAGGACAAGGCCCGACUCCAGCUCCUGGUGGCCAACGGUGUGGACGUCAUUGUGCUGGACUCGUCGCAGGGCAACUCCAUCUACCAGGUGGAGAUGAUCAAGUACAUCAAGGAGACGUAUCCCGAACUGCAGGUUAUCGGCGGAAAUGUGGUGACCCGGGCUCAGGCCAAGAAUCUGAUCGAGGCGGGAGUGGACGGCCUGCGCGUCGGCAUGGGUUCUGGUUCUAUCUGCAUCACCCAGGAGGUAAUGGCUUGCGGCUGCCCCCAGGCCACGGCCGUCUACCAGGUCUCUACCUACGCCCGGCAGUUCGGAGUCCCGGUGAUAGCCGACGGCGGCAUCCAGUCCAUCGGGCACAUCGUUAAGGCCCUGGCUCUGGGCGCUAGUGCUGUGAUGAUGGGCUCCCUGCUGGCGGGCACUUCCGAGGCUCCCGGCGAGUACUUCUUCUCCGACGGCGUCCGACUGAAGAAGUACCGGGGCAUGGGCUCCCUGGAGGCCAUGGAGCGCGGCGAUGCCAAGGGCGCUGCUAUGUCGCGUUACUACCACAACGAGAUGGACAAGAUGAAGGUGGCCCAGGGCGUCAGUGGCAGUAUUGUGGACAAGGGCAGUGUCCUGCGAUACCUGCCCUACCUGGAGUGCGGUCUCCAGCACAGUUGUCAGGACAUUGGAGCCAACUCUGUGGCCAAGUUGAGGGACAUGAUCUAUAAUGGACAGUUGCGAUUCAUGAAGCGCACUCAUUCCGCCCAGCUGGAGGGCAAUGUCCACGGUCUCUUCAGCUACGAGAAGCGUCUCUUCUAACAUACACCCAUGUGUGGCGGCGGUGGUAGUGGUGGUGGUGGUGGUGGCGGCGUUUCUGGCCAACAUCAGCAUCCUGUCCAGCAGCGCAGACAGCCGCAGCAUCGCCACCAUCGAUCGGGCAGAGCUAACACGCUUCCCGACUAUGCCCGCCUAUUCGAUCGCAAGUGAGGAUUGGGAAGAGAUCAGGAUCCAGAUCCAAUUAUUCUACUAUCUGGCCUUCGUGCCAGUGUUUUAGGUUUAAGCCAUGUUUUCGAAUCAACCAACGAUUCCCUUUCCGCAACAUAGAUUCCCCCAUCACUCCCAGGUUAUUUUAUAACAAGUGUUUUUUUUUUUAGUUUUUUUGGUUACCCGGAGGUUGGUACCGAAAGUCGAAUGUGUAUACCAUAGUAGCAUACCAUAUAUCCUGUCUCUGAGCGACAGAAUCCGUAGAAUCCUUAGGAACAUAAGUGUUUUCAGGCGACUUGGUCUGUUUAGAAUUGUAUGUACACUAUAUAUAUGAAAUAUAUACACGAUAUAUAUUAUAUAUCCCUUCCUUAUAUACUGAGCGCAACGCGUUUGUUGGCCUCCUACUUAUUAUUCUCUUGCAUUCGCUAUAUGUGCAUAGAUGUUGAUUUUCUACUUGUAUAGUGUUUUGGAUGUAGAGUUGGAUACUUCAAGUGUUAAGCACCUCUUUAUGCCAAAAUUUAUUAAAUGUGAACUGAAACAAAUGGAA